GUUGCGACCCUGCUACAUCAGUGAAGACAUGGUGUAGAUUGAAGCUGCACAUAUACACAUGCUUUGUAGAUAGUCGUUUCGCUUAUCUGCUCGGUAUAUAGUUUAUAUAUUAGUGGUAUUUGGUGUUAUUUAUCAUUAUUUAGCAGUUUAAUUUAUGAACAGUUUGUUAUGAAUGGUAAUCUUGGGUGAACGCACAUACUGUCAAACUGGAUUUUAACAAGGAUAAAGACGCCCUCGCGGCGAGUGGAAUAACAGAGGAUCAGUUGGCAGAGUAUAGAGAGGCGUUUAACCUGUUUGACAAGAACAAGGAUAAUGUUAUCAGCGCCAAGGAGUUGAGCACUGUGAUGAGGUCCCUAGGCCAGUCGCCCACAGACACCGACAUUCGCACCAUGAUCAAUCACGCCGAUCUCAACAAGAACGGCAGUAUCGACUUUGACGAGUUUGUGAAGAUGAUGAUCGGCUACCAGCGGCGGGCAGAUCCUGAACAGGAAAUGAGAGAAGCAUUCCGAGUAUUCGACAAGGACGGUAACGGCUACAUCAGCUCGGAGGAGUUAAGGCACGUGAUGACGAACCUUGGGGAGAAACUGACGGACCAAGAAGUGGCGGAGAUGAUUCGGGAGGCGGACAUGAACGGGGAUGGCAUGGUCGACUACGAAGAGUUCAUCAAAUUGCUGUGCACCCCACCCCAGGCUUAGCACUGUUUUCCGGAUUAAAAAAAAACAACUCUUUUAAAGAACCUUAAAAUGUGAUAUUUCAUAAAACACCUUUCUGGUAUGUUUUUAUCUAAUUUAAAUGUUUUCUUGGACUUUGUAAAACUGUUUCGCCAAACUCUCCAAAACCAAUUAUUUUGUGUACAGGGUUUUAAAAAAACAUUUUUAUCCCUGCUUUUUACACAUAUGUGGGAGCUAUUCACCGAGUGGAGUUGAGUAAUCGUAUUGGGUCUUUAACCAUUUAUUUUUAGCUUAACAUUUAUAAUUUACUUGUAUAUAUCAUUUUUAAUGAAACAAAUUCAUGUCUUUCCUAACCAAAAAUAUAUGUAAAUGUGAACAACUCA